AUGGACCUUAUUACCACUUUUGCCUUCACCCGUUCUGAUAUCGGCUCGCUCGUGUCUCUUUCUGAUGACGGAAAGAACUUGCCAAAGAUCUACUCUCUCAAUGACCUCCAGGGUCGAUCGAUGAACGCAUCGGCUCUCAAAACUAUUGACGGGCAAGAUGCCACCGAGUGGAUGAAGAAGUUCUCCUUCAGCGGGUUCUUCCAGGACCCUGAUGCUCUCUAUAACGGCAUGCUUUUUAACCUUCCCCUUACCAGGGUUAGUGGUACUGGUGGGUUCUUCACAAGCCGUGGUCUCUACACCGGUACCAAGAUGAGUGUUACCUUUGAAAACGGAACUACCAAGGAGUUUGGACAUACCGCCACUUCUACUGCAGACUUCUCUGGUGUCAAGGAUGGCAAUACUUUUUACGAAAAGUUUUGUAGCGGUAAGCAACAGGCUACUGCUGCUUCUCUAACGGAUUACGAGUACACUGCUUACCGAGACCACCGCUUCCUUACCGCCAACCCGAUAUCUUCCCCGCCAUUCCCCUUGGCUCAGCGUACCGUUCCUCCAGUAACCCCACUCCGUGAAUCUAUGGAUGGUGCCGCUGCCGGCUACUUCCUCGAAGGCAAGGACUCUAAGGUUGCUGUACUCAACCUCCGAUCCUUCGUUGGUGCUGCUGAAAAUAACGAUCCCUUGUGGGACUUCAGCUACACUGUCACCAAGUUCUUGGAAGACUGCAGAAAGGCCGGUAAGGAGAAGCUGAUUGUUGAUGUCAGCGGCAACAGGGGUGGUACUAUUUUCCUAGGCUACGAUACCUUCAAGCAGCUUCUCCCGACAGGAAGAAUUGAAACCCCUUUCAACCUCCGUGCCAUUGAGCAGUUCGACAUCAUUGGAACUAAGGUUAACUACCUCCUUAAGCACCCCCGCGAUCCAAAGGCCCCAGCUGCAGAGGAGAUGAGGGACGAUAUCUUUGAUACCAACUCCUAUGUUGACCCUAACGGUAGAAAAUACCGAUCCUGGGACUCCUACUUUGGCCCCGAGACCGUUGAGGCCGGGAACUUCAGCCGCCUUGCCAUCUGGGACUUCCACAAUAUCCCCAUGUCCCUUAAGGCUGGUGGUCUGGUUGUCUCAGGCUACGGUAACCGCAGCCAUGUUGCCCCCCAGGCAUUCAGAAAGGAGAAUAUCGUCCUCGUUACCGAUGGUAUCUGUGCCUCUACCUGUGCUAUCUUCUCCGACCUAAUGAACCGCAAUGGUAUCAAGUCUAUUGCAGUCGGUGGACAGCCUCGCACAGGUCGUAUGCAGGCUGUUGGUGGUGUAAAGGGAACCCAGGUGCUUACCUUCCGUGAGCUCUGGAGCAUUGCUGAGUUGGUUAUCAAGAAGUAUUCCACCCCACGCGAGCAGCGCGAGUUGGAGAAGACCCAGCUCGGCCAGAUGUACAACAAGGGCAAGUAUGUGCUGUCCCGUCUGCUCAACAAUGGAGCUGGCGGCCGUGUCAAUUACCGCAACGCUGUCUUCACUGAUGACAGGAAGCGAGUGCCUCGGCAGUUUGUCUAUGAGCCUGCUCACUGCAGGAUGUUCUUAACCAAGGACGCCCUGCUUGACGUCAAGCGCUGGUGGGGAGCUGUUGCAAACUCCUGGUGGGGUGACAAGGGUCGAUGUAUCGAGGGAUCUACCUAG